AUGAUCGUGCGAGACGAGUACGGGGCUAACGGCAAGCGUCUGCUGCUGCAGCUGUACAAGCUGUUGGGCUCGGUCGCACUGCUCAACCCGCUGCAUUCGUACCUGGCGUUCGAAGGCCUGGGGGAGAGGCCCACUCAGGAUUCCGGCGCUCAAGGCUUCCGACAUCUUUUCGCGUUGAUGUAA